AUGACUAUCCAGACUCGAGUGCCAUCAGCAGUAAUGCUUCAAAUUGACAAGAUUCACAUUUUCUGUCUGCAACUGAUCGUAUUUUACGAUGACUACCAAGCCAUCAGCGGUGAUGCUCCAAAUUGGCAGGCCUACCUCAUGAAACGACCUUACCUCCUUUGGCUCAGAGAUCACUCGACUUACUGGAGAGCUACUUGCCGAUACGACACAGAUGGCACAGUAUAUACGGAUUGCCUGAGAGCCUCGCUUGAAGACUUUGAUAUCAUCAGAGACGUUCCCAUAGUGACCGAUGACUGUCGUCGUUACGAAUAUGUGAACAUCCGGGAAAAUGAGUGUGUGAAUUGUACAGCACGGACAUGGUAUAAACGACCUACUCCUUUGCAUAUGGACAGUUCCUAUCGCGGAUCUUGCCAAUUUGACGGAAGUAAGAUAGACCCAGCCAAAAAUGACGAGGACAACUUUGGGUUGUACGCUUCUACAAAUCCCAAAUUCCGUUGUACCUCAAACCUGAGUGAUACGACUCAGUUCUGGAUCGACGGCAAGUAG